UGGUGGCUGCAUGGCUUCGGUCUCUGCUGCCGCCUUCUCGGGCCGCGGGGCCCAGAACCUGCUGCAGUUCCUGCGGCUGGUGGGGCAGCUCAAGAGAGUGCCACGGACUGGCUGGGUAUACAGGAAUGUAGAGAAGCCAGAGAGUGUAUCCGAUCACAUGUACAGGAUGGCAGUUAUGGCUCUGGUGACCAAAGAUGACCAGCUUAACAAAGACCGAUGUGUACGCCUAGCCCUGGUUCACGAUAUGGCAGAAUGCAUCGUUGGGGACAUAGCACCAGCAGAUAACGUCCCCAAAGAAGAAAAACAUAGGCGAGAAAAGGAAGCUAUGAAGCAGCUAACCCAGCUUCUGCCAGAGGACCUCAGUAAGGAACUCUAUGAACUUUGGGAAGAGUAUGAGACCCAAUCCACUGCAGAAGCCAAAUACGUGAAGCAGCUGGACCAGUGUGAGAUGAUUCUACAGGCAUCGGAAUAUGAAGACCUUGAGAACAGACCUGGGAGACUGCAAGACUUCUACGAUUCCACAGCAGGAAAAUUCAGCCACCCUGAAAUAGUCCAGCUUGUGUCUGAACUUGAGGCAGAAAGGAACACCAGCAUCGCUGCAACCUCCAGUGAGCCGCACUCCUGAGGUGUUCUCUACGUGCCUGUGAUUCUGGAACGAACCUGUUAUUUUCCCAUUUCAUGGCAUUGUGUUUGCCACUGUCAGUCUGAUUUCCCCAGAUGUGAGUCUUUACUUUCAAUUGUCCGGACUCCAGCAAGAAACAGCAUGUCAUUUGGACAAUAAAAGAAGCUAUAGAACAGGAUGCGGUGAUCAAAAUGCCAUAGAUGAAAACUUGAGUAGGGAAGCCUUUUUUAUGAACUAAAUAAAUAAAUGUUAAA